AGAAGAAGGCACACAAAGUUUGUAACUAGUGUCAUCAUUCUCAAGGCUUAAGCAUACCACAUUGUAAUUGACAACCUCCAGAAUUAGGAUAUUCAUUCAUUAUAUUGCUGUACCACUCUUCUACCCUUCACAAUACCCUUUCUGCUCUUUCUCUUUCUUGGUUGAUAGAUUGGUGUAAAGAGAGUCAUGGGAAGACUAUUCUUGAUCAAUCUGGAAGGAAAGUUCUAUUGCUGCAAACACUGCCAAACACAUUUUGCUCUUGAUGAUGACAUUAUCUCCAAGAUGAUUUUAUUGAAAAAUAUCAAAGUCAUGAUAUUUUUUACGCUCGGGAUUGGAUUUCUCUACCUGGUGUUCUGCAUAUUGCUUUGGGAGUCUUUCCAUUGCAGGCAUGGAAAAGCUUAUCUUUUUGAUAAAGUUGUGAAUGUGACAAUUGGAGAGAAAGAAGAACGGAUGAUGAUAACCGGAUUGCAUACUGUUGUUGACUUAUUCUGUGUUGUAUGUGGUUCCAUUGUUGGAUGGAAAUAUGAGGCUGCUUAUGAGAAGAGUCAAAAGUACAAAGAGGGAAAGUUCAUCCUUGAAAGGUAUAAGGUCUUGGGACCUGAUGGAAGCCUCUAUAUGGCAGCUCAAGAAGCUCAUGCUGCAUUAAGUGAUGCUGAUGAUAUUUGAAAAUUUGCUCAUUCCAUGUUUAAAUUGUACAUUCUUCCUCAGCUUAGAACUGCUAUAUUUGCAUUGCACAUCUCAGUGCUUGUGAAAGUUGAGUUCUAUUUGAUAGUAAUGUUAACAUAUCAAUGGCUUCUAGCAUAUUUCUUGGAGGACAAGUCUCAUUAGUUCUUUUAGAAAUUUAAA